GGCUCGAGUCCUCGGGCGGCGCGGGGGCGGUGCGCUGCCGCCCGGGGGGGGGGCUGCGAUAGGGCAGCGCCGCCUGGCAGGAUGGUGUUCCUCAGCUUCAACCCCUCCGUCUCCACCGCCGACGAGAUAGGCGACGAGGGCGAUGCCUGCACCGCCCCCGGGGGCGGGGAGGCGGCUUCGGCCGAGCACCCGCUGCGGUACCGCUGGAUCGUGUGGCAGCAGCUGAUGGCCAGCGGUAAGGCCGCGCAGUACAGCGAGGCCACGCGGCAGGUGGCCUCGUGCGGGACCGUGGAGGAGUUUUGGGGCGUGUGGGGGCGGCUGCCGCAGCCCUCCGAGCUCCUCGGCAAGGCGAUGGUGAACGACGCCGCCGACAGCUUCCAGACGGUUGACGCGCUCAUGCUCUUUCGGGACGGCAUCAUGCCGCAGUGGGAGGACGAGGCGAACGCGGAGGGUGGGCACUUCCAGCUCCAGCUCAGGCCGGCGCUCGGCGGCGGGCAGAUCGACGAGUAUUGGAACAACAUCGUGCUGGGCGUGGUCGGUGCCACCAUCUCGACCGCCGCCGGACAUGAUCACGGGCCUGCGGCUGGUGGACAAGCUCUCCGCGGGCCGCGGCGGCACCGGGCACCUCCGCAUCGAGGUGUGGUUUGGCGACCUGCGGGACGUCAGGGCAGUGCAGGCGCUGCAGCUCAGCGUGGAGCGGUGUCUUUCGACCAAGACACUGGAGGGCAGGAUCGGGACGGUUCCGAAGCUGGAGAUGAAGAACCACAAGUUGACGCGGCACCAGUGAGGGAGGAACACGGCGGCCGAGUGACUCGUGGGGUGUCCUGCUCGUCCUGCCUGGCCGACGCGCCCGUGUCGUGUCGCAUCGGGGACAGGAAGAUGAGCGACAGAAGCAAACGGGGCCGAUUUCGCCGACAUCCGCGCGUAAACUUCACGCGUGAGGCCGCACGUAAGCGCCGUUUGGGAGCGUCGGUAUAUAUAUAUGUAUAUAUACACAGAUAGAUAGCAACACACUUUUUUGCGUCGGCGGCUGGGCAGAGGGCGAGUGCUCCGGCGGAUAGACAACAGUGGACACGCUGCAUGCAAAUUAGGGCCGCGAUCACUGCGUGGAGGUGUGGUGCGGGCCGCUCGCAGCUGUGCCCGGCCGCAGGGGUGGUCGGCGCUGCCAGGCGGUGCCUCGAUCCGUGCGCAGUGCCGAGAGCGAAUCUCCGUCAUCUGGAGAAUAGCCUCGCUUGAAUGGAGG